UACAACACCAGCCUGAUUGUUUGCUGAGGCUUCUGGACGGUGCGGUCGAAUCAGGCGCGCGCUCGCGAGGAAACCACACGGAGGCCGGAAGUGCGCUGCACGUGCAUUCGGUUCUGGUCGGAGAAUCACACAGAAGGAGAGAGCGCGAGGCGCCUGGAGAUAAAGGAGGGAGGGAAGACGUCGGGAUUCUCGUGACACACACACACACACACACACACACACACACACACACACACACACACACACACACACACACACACACACAGGGCAGCAGAAGUCGUCGCGCGACUGUCUCCAUCCAUGCAGUCGUGUUACACUUAAGAUGGAGGACCAGAAUGAAGGAGUUCAGGUCGGGGAGAAUAAAUACAUCAGCAAGAGCAGCAUCCUUGCCCACCUAAAGACCUAUAACCUCUAUUACGAAGGACAAAACCUGCAGCUGAGACACAGAGAGGAAGAAGAUGAGCUGAUCGUCGAGGGGCUCCUGAACAUCUCUUGGGGUCUGAGGCGACCAAUCAGAUUGCAGAUGCAGGAUGACAACGAGCGAAUCAAACCACCUCCCUCAUCUACAUCCUGGCACUCGGGCUGUAACCUGGAAAACCAGAGCGCCGAGGCUCAGAAACAAGCUCCGCCCUCUAUCGAGGUGACCGAGCCUGAGAGCCAAUCAGAAAACAGCACGAUGAUGCAGAACGAAAGUGAGGAAGAGGACUCCUGCUCUCAGCUCCUGAGGACCAAAAGUGAUGCGGGUGUGUUGAGGAGGGGUAACAAACGGUCUCCUAGCGACCAGCGGCGGAUCAGAAGGCACCGUUUCUCCAUCAACGGCCACUUUUACAACCACAAGACGGCGGUGUUCACUCCUGCGUACGGCUCCGUCACUAACGUGCGGAUAAACAGCUGUAUGACGACGCCGCAGGUGCUGCGUGUUUUACUCAACAAGUUUAAGAUUGAGAACAGUCCUGAUGAUUUUGCACUCUACAUUGUACACGCUAGUGGAGAGCGAGUUAAACUCAAGCCCACAGAUCAUCCCCUGGUGCUGAGGAUCCUUCAAGGUCCAUGUGAACAGGUCUGCAGGAUCUUCCUGAUGGAGCAGGACCUCGGUGAGGAGGUCACGUAUGAUGUGGCGCAGUACAUCAAGUUUGAGAUGCCUGUGCUUCAGAGUUUCAUCACCAAACUGAAAGAGGAGGAAGAUCGAGAGGUGCAGAAGCUCAAACACAGAUAUAAGUACCUGCGCGUCAUAAUGGAGAAGCAGUUGCAGUGUUUACCGGAUGGUUCCACCUCCAUGUGAAGGAGAGUCUCCGACUCUCGUCCGUCCCUCAGUCCUCACGUCCCUGAUGUGCUCGUCGUGUCCCUGCAGAAGAGCCUGAGAUCAACCCGCCUUCUCCACACGUGUAGUCCAUCUUCACACGACUCACCUAAACCUAAAGCCUGUAUUUUCAGUUGUAUGGAGCGACUGUACUUGUUACCUGACGACUGUGUGAAACGUAAACCUGUUUAAGUCACACAGGACGAUUCUGAUGUUCUUAACAUUAUGACUGACUGCGAUGUGUUCAGGGCUUUAGAAGAUUCAGGGUAUUAAGUCUGAGAAGAUGUUCGUCAAAUCUUUAUCUACAUUUCGAAAGAGUUUUCAAAACACGCCCUCGUCAACCUGCUUACAACUCGGAACGUUUCAAAUAAGCUAGCUUGCUGUGUAGCUAAGAAAUCUAUGCUAACUACAGUAUAGAAAAUUGGUAAAUAAUAAUAGUUGUGUUCCUGCUUUGUUGAUGCACAACGCUAAGCAGACAGCUGAGAAAAAUUUGCUUGCUAUCUGGAAAAUAAAGCAGAGUCAAACACAUGAACAUAAAGAUGUGUGAACAAAAGCAAACUCUUUGAUUUAGUUAGAUUUUUAAACCCAAAAAUACGGCCAGAAAUUUAUUUAGGUAACAUUAGCUGACUAGCUAAAUCAGUGUAAAAGGGUGUGUGAAUUAGCAAGCUAGCAAAGUAAUCAAGUCAACUGUCAUAUAGUUAUAUUUUCUAAAUAUCCCAUAAUCGAUAAUUAAAUAGUUUUGUGUUUUUUUUUUUCGUUUAAAUGUUCUGAAUUUUCAGUAACUGACGCCAUGUAAUAAACAUGAGGCUCGAAACGACGUCCCUCGUCUCUGGGUUCCUCUGAGAGGAAGUGGACGAGGGCGUGUGGGGAAAACAGUAUCGAGACGCAGAGCAUGUUGUCGACCCCUAAAGGCACUAUGUAGAAAAGCACAUUCGAUAAACUGAAGUCAGUUUUUUUCAUGUAAGGACUCAAUAAUAAUAAUAAUAAUUUAAAAAAAGAAGCACAAUAUUAAUAGAACACAAACACAUACAUACACACACACUUAUGAAACAGCCAUGUUUAGCUAAACAAUCUCAAUCUGUGUUAAUGUUUAGGAUGUAGCUGUUGUUGGGAAGCUGAACGUCUUGCACGCCGAUAUUUAAAGCACAAGAUAAAUGUGUGUGUAUGUGUGUGUGUGUGUGAAAAUUGUGGUUAGGAUGGGUGUGAAGAGUGUGUGUGUGGGGAUCUGUGGGUGUGUGAAGAGUGUGUGAAGAUUGUUAGUGUGUGUGCUCGGUGUGUGUAUAAAGACUAUGGAUGUGUGUGUGUGUGCUCGGUGCACAGUGUGAAGACUGUGGUUGUGAAGUGUGUGUGUGUGUGUGUGUGUGUGCUUUUUGUGAGACUGAAUUUGUAAUAUUUUUAUCCUUGUUUGAUUUUAAAUUGUUUUAUUUUUUACUCUAAAUCUCCGUCCUGUGUCGUGGAUGAUUUCUGUCUUCACUCCAGCUGUUCUGACAGAAUGCUGACAAAAUUAAACAGAAUUGUAAAACAAAA